ACCCUGCUGCGACCAGUGACAUCAUUAAAACAUGUUCCUUCCGUCCAACGCUGUGUGGAGCUAGUCCGGCCGAACGUGAACUGCUAGCAGCCAGCAGACAAAAGCAACAAAGUGAACCCCCCUCCGGAUCAAUCAAAUGUGUCAUAUUUAACUGUUUAGGAGCCGAAACCCAGUGAUCACACGACCUUACUUCACACAAUUGUGUGUGAAGAGGUGGAACUCCUUCCGGGCUAAAUGGAGAGGGACAUGCAGGUGCACUGUGUCCUUGACAGCCAGACUCUUACAACACCUGCUUAAGAGGUGCAGAAUCAAUGACUACACCUAGAAAAAUUGAUUACAGUUGACAGCACAGACUUUACUACCCUGCAAAAACCCCUUUGGGCUGCUGCAAUGGAUGGGGAGGAGGAGGUCUCUCACAUGUAUGAGGAUAUGGAAAGUGAACCCAAUGGCUCCAUCGAUAACAAAAGAAGAGAGGCAAAAGGGACCUGCUUGAAAAUCGAAGGCCAGGAAGGCUAUGUGUUCAAAUCCUACAGCAUUAACCCUCACGAGGCUGCAGGCGCACAGUCAACUGCUGGCUCCUCAAUAACACUGGAUACAGACCCUCCCCCUGUUUUCCGUUUAUCUCCUCAGUAUGGAAAACCACUGGAGUCAGACCAAUCAAGUGGGGCUGAUCCAGCUUCUCCAGCUCUUUCAAACACAGGCCUAAACACUGAUACUGAGAGGAAUACAGAGAGUUACAAGUAUGAAAACGAUAAUGAUAAUGAAGAAAUUCCACAUAUCAAAGAGGAGAUUGUGGAACCAAAUGGACUGGAGGAGGAAACCCAGGAUCACGAAAGGCUAGCUUUUGGUAGCUCAAUUGGUCCCUUUGUAACUAGAGAUGGCGAUGAGUAUAGUAAUAUACUAACUGGAUACACAAGCACCCUUUAUGAUGUUGCCAUGGAUGCUGUCACCCAGAGCCUUUUGUCAUCCAUCAGGAGUAAUACCAACCCAAGGAAAAAAUCUCCUGCAUGGAAUCAUUUCUGUAUAUCACCCCGAGACAGUACCAAAGCAAUCUGUUUAUACUGCAUGAAAGAAUUCAGUCGGGGAAAGAACGAGAAAGACCUCAGUACAAGUUGUUUAAUGAGGCACGUUCGAAGGGCUCACCCUACUGUGCUUAUACAAGAAGGAGAUGUGUCCUCAAAUAAUCUGACUGGCUCUCUUCCCUCAUCUUUGAUACCUCCCUCCCCAAACUCACCAAAAAAUGGAGACUUGACAAACAGCAUCAUGUCUUCUGCCUCAAUGAACACUUCGCCGUCCACCUCCUCAGCUGAAAAUGCAGAUCUGUCAUCCAAAGAAGUGUUACCCAAAGUCGAACCAAAACUAGAACCGUAUGCCAACAAUGACACUCUUUGCAGCUCGCUUUCAGCCUCACAUUCCAAUGAAAACAUCCUUGAAGACAUGUCAGACGGAGCAGGGCAAGACCGUCUUCCUGGGACCCCUAAAGGCUCAAGUUCCCGUCGCAGAUCAGCUGUAUGGAAACACUUCUACCUGUCACCUGCUGACAAUUCCAAAGCAGUUUGCAUUCAUUGCAUGAAUGAAUUCAGCAGGGGGAAAAAUGGAAAGGAUCUAGGGACUAGCUGUCUUAUUCGUCACAUGUGGAGGGCACACAAAGAGGUCGUCAUCGAGGAAAAUGGACAGGGCAUCAACAUUCCCCCUCCUUAUACAAACCCACCCUCACUGUUGUCCCGCUCACAGCUACAGGAUCCACUGGAGUUUAAAAAGGAAUCACCUCUUCUUCCAUCCUCACCAGAUACCAUAUCUGAUGAAUUACCCCAAAGCAUUGAGGAAAGCAUGCAUAUCAAACAGGAACCUGUUGAGGCUAUGCAUCUCUCAGGGCAAGAGUCUGCUGUCAGUCUCUCCUUCAAACUUCAAGGGGAUGAGACACCCAUAACCUCCUUACCAUGCGACCUCUCCGAAGGCCCCAGUCUCAGUCUCAACCUGGAUCACUCAGUUUUCCAGCAAAACAAGAAGAUCAUGAAACGGGUGAAGUCUGAAGUGUGGCAUCAUUUCAUAGUGUCACCAGUUGACCAGUUAAAAGCACUGUGCCGUUACUGUCCAUGUGUCAUCAGUCGGGGAAAACGGGGUGACUUUGGUACAAGCUGUCUGAUGAGGCAUCUCAUGAGACGCCACCCAGAUGUACUAAAAAACCAAAAAAGCACAAAUGAGAAGGAACCCUCCCCUCAUCCCUACACCAGUCUCACAGCAACGGAUGCAGUUUCAACCAAAGAAACUGAGAGCCCUGCUUGUGAGAAAAAGACACAAACUCUGCCUGUUUUCAGUAAAAAGACAUCAAAACUGUGGAACCAUUUUUCUAUCUCCCCUGAUGACCCCACAAAGGUGAUUUGUUUGCACUGUAGCCGCACAAUUAGCAGGGGCAAAAAGACUACGAACCUCGGCACAAGCUGCCUCUUCAGGCACAUGCAGAGGUUUCAUGGACAUUUUCUUGAAAGUAACAAUACUAACUCAGGGGAUGUGUCGUCUGCUGGAAUACACGUUAAACGAGAGCUUAUGGAUACUUCUGUUUAUGAUAUGGAACAGAACCACGUGAGGUUUGAUGAACACCACCCGGUUGCCAAAAAAAUCACCAAACUUAUUGCAGAAAUGCUCGCACUGGAUCUUCAGCCAUCAGCCAUGGUGGAGAAUGCUGGACUCAACAGACUACUAGAGUACCUCCAGCCUCAGUAUUCUCUACCACCCUCUUCUUACUUUACCAGCACUGCCAUACCAGAUAUGUAUGAAAGGGUGAAAGAUGUUGUUCUGACCCACUUAAAAGAGGCAGAAUGUGGUGUUGUCCACUUCACAACUAGUAUUUGGUUCAGUAGCCAGACCAGAGAAUAUCUGACCCUUACUGCCCACUGGGCCACGUACGAGUCAAGUGUCAGACCCCAGGGCCAGGACUUUCACUGCUCCGCUCUCCUAAGUGUCUCACAAAUAGACUGUGAUCACGAUAUGCAUAACAUCCCAAAGCAGCUUGAGUAUCUAUGGGAUUCUUGGAUCACCUCAUCAGGGCUAAGAAAGGGGUUCACUGUAACUGAUAACAACACCGUCAGAAACACCUUGGAGGACCAUGGCCACGUCACCAUGCAGUGUUUUGGACACACUAUAGACCUCAUUGUAAGCGAAGCCAUAAAGAGCCAGAGAAUGGUUCAGAACCUCCUGAGUAUUGCACGAAAGAUCUGUGAACGUGUGCACCGCUCAGCAACAGCCAAAGAGAAACUGGCUGAGCUCCAGAGGGUCCACCAGCUGCCAGAGAACCAACUCAUCCAGGAUGUUCCUUCCAAAUGGAGGACCUCCUUUUUCAUGCUGGAGCGGCUGGUGGAGCAGAAGAGAGCCAUCGACGAGUUGUCGAUCGAGUGCAAUUUCAGGGAAAUGAUCAGCUGCGAUCAGUGGGAGGUGAUGCUGUCAGUCUGCAAUGCACUGAAACCUUUUGAAGUCGCCUACAGGGAGAUGAGUAACCGCACUGCCACUCUGGGACAAGUGAUUCCACUCAUUCACAUCCUCAACAGAAAGAUAGACCUGCUGUUUGACGAGACUGUGGGCAUAGACAACAUGCUCAAGUCUUUAAAGGAAGCCAUGGUGUGCAGAAUGUCUACAACUCUGCACGAUCCGCGAUACACCUGGGCGACCAUGCUGGACCCACGAUACAAGACUUCAUUGUUCACAGAGGAGGAAGCGGAGCAGUGUAAACAAGAUCUAAUCCGGGAGCUGGACUCGUCAUCUUCUACCUCAGUGGCAGUUACGCCUCUACUGCCCAAUGGCUGUAACGAGGCUCCUGUGUCAACCGACUCCCCCAACUCAAACAACGACAGCCUCUGGUCCUUGAUGGCUGAUAUCCGACAGAAGAUAAAACACGAGGAGAAGCCAAAGUCCUCAGAGCUGUCAGUGCUGGAGUACCUUGAGGAAGAUAUACUUGAUCAAAGCUGUGACCUCCUUGACUAUUGGAACCUUAAAAAGUUCAUGUGGCCUGAUCUUGCCAAAGUAGCCGCCCGUUAUGUGGGCUGCCCUCCCAGCAUCGUCCCAGCAGAGACACUGUUCAGCACUGCUAGUGUCAACUGUGCCCUAAAUCAACCAAGGCCUUUGUUGGAAAACAUGGAGGGUCUGCUGUUCCUCAAGGUUAACCUCCCUUUGAUUUAUUUUCAGUACUGAUUACUGUUGAGCAUUGACUUGAAAACCCUUUAUCAAGGACCAAGUUGCAUAGCUGUGAAACGGGGUUGUUGAGCAAAAUGUAAAAUAUCGAUUUAUACACUGAUUAUUCUGGAGGCCAGAUUUUGAGGUUUUGUUGUGUUGUGUACUACUGUUAAACACCUUUGAGCUGUUGUGAUGAAAAGUCUCAGUCAAAAGUGUAUCAGGGAGGGAGGGUUUUUUUCUAGCUGUAGGGGUUGGUGGUAAUGUGUUUGCUUGUAAAUUAAUGUUUUCGUUCCGUGUCUACUCUCUCCUUGUGCCUUAUCCAAAACUACUUCAGGUCAAAAUGCUGUAAAUAUUUUGUUAAAUUGCGCAAAUCACUUCAGGAUGCUUUUUGAUAAUUAUGUAUAACAGAUAGAUGCAGAGUUGUUUUUUUCUGGAUGAAAACAUGGCCCAAAAAUAAAUGCUGUGACUGAACGAUGUUUUAAGUUAAUGUUAUUUAAUUCUCAUUGUGAACUUGUGGCUCAUGGUACUGUCAUUUAGAUAAUAGACCUUUUUUUACUUGCUGAAAUGUUUUUAAUAAGAUCAUGUAUGAUAUUGCUGUAUUUUCAGAAUAAGCAGUUCGUUUGGGAAAUAUAAUUUGUUUCUGAAGCACAAUUUAAGUUUUAUGUCCAGGGGUUUAAAUUAUGGGUUUAUUAUUGAGUAAAACAAUGUACUGUACAUUUUUAUAUUACAUGACUUCUGAACCUAAUUUGAUAAAUGUUUUAGCAUUGAGACUGGAACCAUGCAAAUUUUGUGGUCAUUUGUAAAUAAAGGUUUUCCUUAUGCAAAGUUG